GCUCUUCCUGAUGGAUCCCAUCGUGUUAGAGAGUAACGCGAGCGAACUCGGUGCUGCAGAUCAGCAGCAGCAGCAGCAGCAGCAACCCCAUCAGCAACAGCAGCAGCAACAGUACGGCGAAGUGAACCAAUUGGGUGGUGUGUUCGUGAACGGUCGACCUUUGCCGAACGCGGUCAGGUUGCGAAUAGUGGAGCUUGCACAGCUGGGCAUCAGGCCGUGCGACAUCUCGCGGCAGCUGCGGGUCAGCCAUGGUUGUGUCAGCAAGAUCUUGGCCCGGUACCACGAGACAGGCAGCAUACUGCCUGGCGCGAUCGGUGGCAGUAAACCCCGGGUGACCACCCCGAAAGUGGUGCAGUACAUCAAGCAACUGAAGCUCAAGGAUCCGGGGAUCUUCGCUUGGGAGAUCAGAGACCGCUUGCUGUCUGACGGCGUGUGCGACAAGUACAAUGUGCCAUCGGUGAGCAGCAUCUCGAGGAUACUGAGGAACAAGGUCGGCGCUGCAACCGCGAUUCAUCAUCAUCCCCAUCAUCCGGCGCAUCAUCACCAUCAUCAUCAUUUGUACGCGGCCGCGGCCGCGGCUGGAGCCGCGCUCUGUCCUGUCCCGUAUCCGCCGACGCCCUAUCACGCCACGCCGCCGCCCGCUGUAACGCAUCAUCACCAUCAUCAUCAUCAUCAAGUUGGGCCGACGACGCCGGGCAAGCUGUCGCCGUCCUCUCCGACCACGAUUCACGCCGGUGUCGGCCAUCAGACGUCCGCUUCCGCUGGCUUACAGUGGCCUAGCCCUCACACGGUCCACGACAUCCUCGCCUCCGGUUGCAACCUCACGAAUCCCCAGUCGUCCCCGUCGCCGACCUCGCCCCUCUGCGCCACUGUCAACAAUAAUCACCACCACGGUCACCAUCAUCAUCACCAGAGCAACGACAACGCUGCCAGCAACAACAACAACGAGGAGACCAGCGGUUACCAUCAUCCGCACCACCAUCAUCACCACCAUCAGCAGUAUUACGCGUCGGCUCUGUACCACCAUCAUCAUCAUCACCAUUCGGACAGCGUGACCCCCGUGGCGACCACGUCGCCUGUCCUCACUGUGCAGUCCAUCAUGAUGCAAUCCUCGGCAACGAACAGUCAGCCGGCAAGUCCCUGUAAUUGAAUUGCACGCGAUUAAUAGGGUGUUGUUGAUCGAACGAAACGCGAGUGAAAAGACUGCUGGUCGUGGUUUACCUAGUGGAUGCACGCGAUUAGGGUAAGGGUAUACUAUGUAACGAUUAAUACGUAAGCGACGUGUGAUCAAGGAGGAAGAUCGGAGUUACGAGUGACUGUGAGAGCAAGGACGAGACACAAGACGAGGAGGAUAUGAAUAAAUACGUGUGCAGUUGGCGCAAGGCGAAAACGGUAUAUCAUCUCCACCAGUAUUAUGUAUUUUUAUCGUCAUUUGCCAAGAGUGCCUUUUUUCGAGUGCCAUAACGGAAAGCGAUUGUAUGUUUGUUAUAUUUGUAACGGACUGUGAGAUACCACGGAACUUUAACGAGAAAAAUUUGCACCUGUUACUCCUGCGAACUGCGAAUAUUCGUUUAGUCCUUUAGCCCGUUGUUUUUGUACGUUUGUUCGAUCUUUGCGUAGAUUUAAUGGUAUAAUCGUUAAGGAAGAACCGUCUAAGC